UGCAAUCGCUGAUAUAUGGGGGACGGGUCAAAUUUUCAGAGGAGGACCAUCCGUCGAGAGUUGACAGUCCUUUGCUUGGCUUGAAUUGCUGCCACUGUAAGGUGAGAUUUUCUCUUAAGGUGAUCAUGUGGUGGAGUAGUGUUGCUUGAGAGUAAUGGAGGAUUUGGAUAUUAAGGAUAAAAGACUUCGUUUGCAGAGGCAUGCACCCAGCACUUCUCCCAUUCCAGAGGAUCCAGGACCUUCUAAUAGGAUGGAUACAGCAGAGAGUGGUAUGGUUGACCUGGACGGGGGCAAGACCAUGAAAUUAGAACCUAUUAUUGUUGAGACAGGCCAGGAUCUAGUCCAGGAACCAGGCAAGAUAGAGGGUUAUCUACUCAAGAGACGUAAGAGACCUCUCAAAGGAUGGCACAGGAGAUAUUUUGUAUUGGAGAAGGCUAUGUUGACCUAUGGCAAAAGCCCCAAUGAGUUACAAAAGGGGAAGAUACAUGGUACAGUAGACAUAGUGUCGGCUGUGAUAGCCACUGAGAGAGAAGAACACAAGAACUCAAGAAGGAUUGAUAUUGAUACAGAAGACUUUGUCUAUCAUCUCAAGGCAAGCUCCUUUGACGAGUUCUGCGACUGGAGGAAGCACCUUCAACACCAUCAACUCUACAAGAAACAACAAACCUUGCACUCACCAACCCUUGCCAAACCACUGAGCCCUGAGGCUCCACCAUCAUCCACACCUACCAGUGAACUCACACUCAAAGCAAUAACUCUCGAGAGACGUAGACAGAGUCUUCGUAAACAGUACUCCAAGGCCAGACUCGGUACCUCACUCAUGGGCACAUCCUUUGGCUACAAGAGUGAUGGUAUCGAUCUUGAUAAAUGUUAUAAAGAGCUAAGUGAUGCAGAGGAGAGUAUAGUUAGUCUAUCUAACAUCUUACAAGAACUCUUGAACAUAGAGCUACCUCCCUAUGCAGACGGCAACUAUGAGGUUGAUGAUCCAGUAUCAGGACACAAGAAAUCUAAAGCACGUAAAUCACUCAAGAAGAUGAGGAGAAAGGUUCCCAGUGACCCACAAGUACAUGAUAUGAAAUCGAGGCCAAACAGUCACCCAUCAUCAGUAAUACCUGGCACUGGAUUAGUAGUCGAGGAUGAUACAGUAAGCAUCAGAUCGUACUCAUCUACCGUCUCAACAAAAGAGGUUGAUCAGAAGAACCGGGAUGACUUCUUAGAAACUGCCAGUCAAGUUCACAGAAACCUGAAGAGCGCCCUCCAUUGGCUGACAGUUCAAUCAGAUAAGUGCAGGCAGAUAGUUGAUGCACAGUCCCACAUGUUAGGUUCUACGCUGGGAUCUGCAUUAGGACAAUCCAGACAGAUUGCUAUGAUGCAAGACUCUAUGCACAAGCUGAAAGUGCAGAAUGACGAUAUGCGUGAACGUCUUUCCAGAAUUUUUGAAGAGGCUUCCGUCACUUUCACACCUAUAGCAGCUAAACCGGAUCUAGACAUGACACUUCCACUACAGCACACUCCACUGACACCACAGCUAUCAGAUGAUAGAUUAUCUCGUUCAGAAUCUAUUGUAGAAUUCUUCGAUGCUCAGGAGUAUCUUGCUUCAAGUGCUUCUUCAUCAGAUGAGGAGGAGGAGGUUGAAAGUUCGGUAACCAGCGAAGAUGAUGAUGCAGCUGACUUUGAGGAAGAGGACUUCCGAGAUUUGGAGAAUGGUAGAGAGGAGGCACCAUCUCGAUCACAUACCGGCCGUAGAACACACCUACCAUCACCCCAGCCCGAUACCAGUCAACUCAGUUUAUGGAAUAUCCUCAAGAAAAACAUUGGUAAAGAUCUCUCCAAGAUCUCCAUGCCCGUUGCUCUCAAUGAACCACUCAGUAUGCUACAGGUACUAUGUGAAGAGCUAGAGUACAGUGAACUAUUAGACAAGGCAUCAGAGGUCGAUGACCCCUACAUGAGGAUGGUGUACAUUGCAGCCUUUGCGGUGUCUAGCUACAGCUCAACGUACACUAGAGCAGGGACAAAGCCCUUCAACCCUCUUCUAGGGGAAACCUUUGAGUGUGUCAGGGAUGACAAGGGGUUCAAGUUUAUUGCCGAGAAGGUAUCACACCAUCCUCCCAUCAUUGCCUGCCAUUGCGACAGUAAAAACUUCAUCUACUCACAGGAUGUGAGGAUAAAGACUAAAUUCUGGGGCAAAUCAAUGGAAGUCAUCCCUAUAGGAACUAUUCACAUACACAUACCAAAGUACAAUGAUCAUUUCAUCUUGAGUAAAGUAACAAGCUGUGUUCACAAUAUCUUAAGUGGAGAGAGAUGGGUGGAUCACUAUGGAGAAACAGUCAUCAAGAAUGGAGAUAUAUCAUGUAAACUCACUUUCACAAAGGCUAGUUUCUGGAGCAGUAGAUUACAUGAAGUAACUGGUGUUAUCUUGAAUCAAGAAGGACGUAUGAUCCAUGAACUGUUUGGGAAGUGGAAUGAAGGUCUGUACUGCGGGAGAUCAGCUUCAGCUAAAUGUGUCUGGAGAGCUGCUUCCAUGCCUUCAGAUCAUCAGAUAUACUAUGGGUUCACCAGGUUUGCAAUAGAACUCAAUGAAUUAGACCAUGAAACACAAGACACACUACCUCCUACUGACUCAAGAUUCAGACCUGAUCAGAGAUUACUAGAAGAAGGUGAUUUGAAGGGAGCUGAGCUUGAGAAACAGAGAUUAGAAUCAAUGCAAAGAGAAAGGAGAAAACUCAGGGAAGAACAAGGUGUUGAAUAUCAACCAAGAUUCUUCAGAUUAGGUCAUGACGGAAGCAAGGAUAGAUGGGUGUGUAAGAAUGACUACUGGGACCUCAAACAUGAUCCUGGAUUCGCUACAAUGAAGUUUACUCAACUCUGGUAAAAUACAUUCCAAGAUAAGAAACUAUAGUAGUAAGAUAGUGGUGUUCUGCCAUAGUAGUUUUAAUAAAUAUUACAGCAGUUAUUCUUGGAAAGGGAAUGACAGAUUGAAAGAUAACGUUAUUCUACCAUAGACUCAUCCAGCUUCAACACUCAUUAUGACAGAGACAUGCUAAUUACUGCUCUUUACUCUAGGAACAAUUGUAUCAGAGGCAUGCACAGAUUUAACACUUCACAGCAACUCUAAUACUGAUCAUGACAAGUGGAAUGGUGACAUUCUCUGCUAUAGGAGACUGGCUGACCAGGCUGAAGUGGUUUUUAGAGAGAUAGUUUUUGAUUAUGUCUCAUUCUUUUCUCUGAAAAAAAAAUUGGUCUAAUCACACCAUUUUCAUUAAGGACUGUCUGAGAUCACCUUUGGAAUGGUAUCUUUUAUCUAUUCUGAGAUAUAUAAAGACAUGUAAAGGGAGUUAUUCUGUUCUAACAAUGGGAUGUCAAUGCUCUGAGGGAAGGGUCAUUCCAGCGAUGAAAAUAAACUUGGAAAUCAACUAUUAUAAAAUAUCUUUCUAUAUUUAUUUUGUUCACUUACUCAAUCCAUGCAGGGUCCUGGUUUGUGUAUUUUCAUAUCUUUGAGUAUGUUUAUGAAUAUUACAGGAUAAGGGGACAGGGCAAAUAUCACAUGUGUUAGUAAAAUACAUCGUAUACAUGAGUGCAAAUAUAUAUUGCAUAAUAAUUCCAAGCAAAGGCUUGUUGUACUGUACAAAGCAUUGCUUAUGGGUUUGAUCUGGAGACUAGUAGUGUUAGCAAGUGCUGCCACCGUAGAUACUCUGUAAAAGUUAUGAAGAAUCAGUUUCAAUGGGGAUAUGGUUCAGAGAUGUACUAUAAUAGUUAUGUGAACUUAUACUUAUCAUUUUUUAUGAUAUUAAAGCAAGGAGAUUCCUAUGGAUACUGACUCUUGAAUCAUUAUGACAAAGCACUUAAGCCCUCGAUUGUUUUCUUUCAAGUGGUUGUGAUUGUUUUAAUAAUGAUACAUGUAGAUGGUGCUGAGUGGGUUAAGAUCAUAUUUUAUUGGUUGGUAUUUUUUGCUGGGGAUGAUAUAGUCAGGUUGUUACACACCCUGUUUGGAUUUUUGUACUCUUACCUAAUUUGUUUGUUGACUGGGCUGAUUUAAAGCUCACAAUUUUGGGAAAAUAUUUAACUUGUCUAUCAUGUCCCAGAUUUUAGCUUUCAAUAAAAAAAAAACACUUAAGCUAUUACAACUAUUCAGGAGAAAAGUGUCACACGGAUGAUAUUAGCCAUGCCUUUUCAUUUUCCUUGGCUACGCAACACAAAUUGAUCAUAUUUUCUUGAUUGCAUCCACUACAGUGUAUAAUCAAUCAUGGAAAUCACCCAUACGAUCAGCCGCUAAAUGUAUUAGCGAACUUUUUGAGAUAUGAGGUUUUGUCUCGCGAGCAGCAAGUUUACUUAGAUUACAUGUACUAGAUUCCAGUUUGAAAUGUGGAACCAUUUACUUU